CGGCGGGCGCUGCGCAGAGCGCCGGUCCCCUCGGCGGCGGGCGGAAGGCCGCAGCGCCAUGCCCGGCCCGGCUGUGCUGGGGGCGGCGGGGCCCGGUCCCGACCCGGAGGAGAGCUACGACUUCCUCUUCAAGCUGGUGCUCAUCGGGGACGCCAGCGUGGGCAAGACCUGCCUGGUGCAGCGCUUCAAAACCGGGGCCUUCGCCGAGCGCCAGGGCAGCACCAUCGGCGUGGACUUCACCAUGAAGAGCCUGGAAAUCCAGGGCAAGCGGGUGAAGCUGCAGAUCUGGGACACAGCGGGGCAGGAGCGGUUCCGAACGAUCACACAGAGUUACUACCGCAGCGCCAAUGGAGCGGUCCUGGCCUAUGACAUCAGCAAGAGGGGCUCAUUCCUGUCCAUCCCUCACUGGAUUGAGGAUGUCAGGAAGUAUGCUGGCUCCAACAUAGUACAGUUACUGAUUGGAAACAAGUCUGACCUAAGUGACCUUCGAGAGGUUCAGCUGGAAGAAGCUCAGAGCCUGGCUGAACGUUAUGAUAAUAUCAUCUGUGCCAUCGAGACCUCUGCAAAAGACUCAAGCAAUGUGGAGGAGGCUUUUGUGAAGAUGGCCACAGAGCUGAUGAUGAGGCAUGGAGGGCCCAUGUUCAGUGAGAAGAAUACUGACAGCAUCAAGCUUGACAGCAAAGACGUUGUGGAGGGCUGGGGAUGUGGCUGCUGAUACAAGCUAGGUGAUAUCCCUAACUUUACUGGAAUUUAGAUGGUGCUUCACCCUAAUGCUGAGUAGCAUGGUAGCCAUAUUCUCCUCCUCCUGUGAAACCAGCAAUUUUCUAGAAGUUAGACACAAUCCUGUUUGUUUUGGUGUCUUAUUUUUUAAAAAGGGACUCUUGAGAGAUAGUCCUAAAAGUCUCUGAAAAACCCUCUCCUAAAAGCCCUCUGAAAAGCUUACUCAACAUUUUUCCCCACCAUUUUCAUUUCUGUAACCUUCAUAAAAUUUACAAUAGUGGAAGAAACGACUUUGCAAUAGUGUUGAGGGGUGGGGAGACAGAUGGAUGGGGAAGAGACUGAUGCAUUUAGCAUAGGACUGUUGGCAAAGGAGGUCACUUUUGGAACAGGUCAUCUUGACAGUGUCUCUUUAUAUCCUCAGCACUCCACCAAUGGCCAGAAAGUGACAGUGGCCUUCCUAAAGGUAUUUCAAGAUACAGAAUAUCCAACUUUUUGAUUACAGGACCAAACAGCAGUCACCUGUCCUAAGGCAUAUGGGUUGCUAGUUAGUAUUGCAGCAGGCACGGGGUGGGAAAGGUUUCUCUCAGGUUUUGCUAUGUUUUUUAAGUUACAGUUUUAAUGAAAACCAAACUCAGCCUGAGCAAUAUCUCCUGACUUGCUGGUAAAGCAGGGCUGGAUCAGUGUGGUUAUUUUAAAUACAGCCUUGAGGAGAGGGUAGAUGCAAUUCACCUGUUAUUGUAUGCACAGUGCUAGCUCCCUUUUCCAAGUGGGUAUCAAUGAGUUUUUGCCCUCAGGUCUCUUAAAUUCAUUCUAUGACUCAAGACCUGCAUCAUUGGAAACAGGAACUGGAGAAACCUUGAACUGACUGGUAGCCAUCAUCUCCUGCCAUGUGCCUAAUGGUCAGACACAGGGUUAAUUCUGGUCAUACAUUGGACAUUAUGUUACCAGAGUGUUUAUUGAUUAAGUGGCAUAAGUGGAUUUGGUUGUUGGUUUGUUUUUUUAAAACCAUGUCUUUAAUUACAAUCUGGGCAUGAAAUGGGAAAGCAGACCUCAGAGUAGCUGAAAACUGGAGGCUUUGCAACUUCCUGAGUGUAAGAAGCAGCACUCACUGGUUUGAGUGAUUCCCUCCCAGUCGUAUACUCAGCUGCUUCCCUCUCCCUGUUACAAGUUACCAAUUGCUUUUCAUUUCUUCAAAACUCUCAAGUAGCAAAAAUGUUUCACUGUUGAUCAUAAGUCUACAUUGUUCAUUCAAACAGAUUUCAUAAUUCAACUACUUUAGCUGUCUCUCAGCUUCAGCUCUGUACUGUAUGGUGUAGUUGCAGUUUAAGUACUGAUGGCAGCAGUCCUCUUGGGAUUUAUACUCUCAAGCACCUUAUAAAGUGGAUUUGCAAGGGGAACAGAAGCAGGAUUAACUCUGCAGUUAAAGCAAAGAUGUUCAUAGGGGACAAGUGAUUUUUGCAAUCCUGAUACUUUGAAGGAGCUCACUUUCAGAAAGCACUUUAAAGUCAUUUGUUCCUCUUGAAAAUCUUGAUCGAAAAACCUGGGUUAGUUUGCAACUAGAACUGAAUCAUUUUUUAGCCAUUCAACAUAUCCAUUAUCAUGAAAAUUGUGAAGAUUUAAGAAAGGGCUAAUGGAUCCUAAUUUCAAUACUAUUCAUCUUCCUACACUUAAUAUUAAACCAUUCUAUGGUCUUUCUUUUUUUUUUAAACUAGAGGCAGGUAACUGAGGAGUUAGAUACGCUUUGUAGCCUGUUUGCUUCUAAUCUAAAUUAGUUUUCAAGUUUUAUACUUGUAAGAGUGAAAGGGCCUUAAAUUUUUCAGUUAGUGUAGUUUUCACAAUUCUAAUGUUUUCUAUAUGGCAGAGUAGGUUGAGCAGAAGUACUCAGUAGUAGUUUUGGAUAUCUUUUCAGGACAUUCCCAGUCUUCAAACAUCUGAAUAUAACAGGCAAGAAGUGUUCAACAGUAGCUACAAACUGACAAUGAGAAUUAUCCAAACUCUGGAUUUGUAACUGAUUAGCAAACCAUGUAUUCCACUCUCAGGAGAAACUAUGAAGAUAGUUCAAGCUAGAACUCAGUCCUGAGGACUUCUUUUCCUCCUGGUUGGAUAUUCUUUAAUUAGCAUUAGCUAAAAAAAUUAGCAUUUGGCUUUGUGUCAUGACAAACUGUAGUUUACACCUGUAGGUUACAGUCCUGCAUGUUUGAACACGGACCCUCAGAUAAGCUCAGCCUCCCACUAUUUGCAGGAUUAGUGCCAAAUGAUUUAAGCCAUGCUGGUAAAACUUCAUACACAUUGAAGAACAGUGUUGCUACUAUUCAGACUGAAAAUCAGUAGUUUACAUAGUAACUCAUCUUAAAACUGGAGCAAGGUGCAAAAUGAACAUAAAUCCUGCUUCCAGUGGCUUUGCAAUAGAUGGAGAAAUGAGGAGAUACUGAUCAAUUUCCUUAACUUUGAGGUUUGUUUAGCAAACAAGUAGAAUUAGGCCAAGCACUGUACUUCUUAGGAUAUGCCCCAUAAAUCUUCUCAGCUAGUCUGGGAAGUUAAGACUCUGCCUGUAGGUUAGUCUGUUUCACUCAGAAAACAGUAAGUAACAGUGUCAGUGAUUUGUUCACUGUUUUGAAAUGAAGGUACCAAUUCUGAUUAGUUUUAAUUUUGCUGUAGAAAACUAAGACUUUGGCUUUAACUCAGCUUUCUCUUCUAACUCUUGGCACUUGUAUGUUGUUAUAAGUAUAAUACAAGUUUGCAUGCCCUACCUAAUGCAACAAAAGGGAACCAAAGAAAUAGACUGAAAACCUGUUUUGUUUUGUUUUUCAAGUUAUGAAGAGAUCACCAAUAGCAGUGCUUCGGCUGUCAGUAGAAAAGGCAAUUUAAAUUUCCAAACCCUUUCUUUGUCUAAUACUAGUAGCACAAUACUCACUUGACUGAUAGCUUCUCAGUCAGAAAUAAACUAAACAGUACACGUAAUUAGAGCUUCUCACUCCCUUUCUGAAGACUUGUAUUGAAUCCAUAAUUCACUAACUUGCUCUGUAAUUCAAGUAUUAGGAAAACAGGCCUGCUGGUUUAAUUCCAUUAAUCCUAUUGAAACCAAAAGGGUACUCAAGUGAAGAGUGAGUAGCAAUAAGCUUGAGAUUUACAGGUAAAAAAUUCAAUUUCAAAUUUUAGGUUACAGAUGUGGACUGCUGAAUAUCAAGUGAAUAAUUCAGUAGUGCAUGAUCAGAGUCCACAGCAUAAACAUUUGCCAAGAAACCCAUUUACUGGCAGUUGAACAUUAACAAGACUAUGGAGCAGUAAUUGCUUUUAAGCAGAACUCCCUGGCUGAUUAUCUAUUUGCAUUACUAUUUCUCAUUUAUUUUUGGCCAUACCCAAAGGGGGAAAAAUAUUAAAAUUUUACAAAAACACAGAAGGAGACAUUGCUCCCUGCCUUGUAACACUUAGCAGUGGAAUGCAGAGGCAAAUACUGAAAUGAAAUCAUCAGCAGAAUGUGGUUCCCAGGAGCAUGGGCAUUGUUACCCUAUUAAUUUUGAUUUAAGCUAAUGAAAGAAACAACCCAGGUUACUAGCAGAGUGUGCAACCAGUAAACAGGAAAAAUCCAAGGAAAUUGAGGUAAAUUCUCUUGUGAACAGAUAAUUCUCACGACUCCUUUUGCCCCAGUAUCUGAUAAUGACCACGUAGCUUAUAUUCCCACCCUUGUGGCACAAAUGGUGAAGCAACUAAAGAGCUACAGAGCCAAGGACACCUGUAGUUCUUGGAUUAACUUCCUUCCAAUUUCAACAAAGCGUUACACUCAUCACCCUAACCAUUUAAUUACCCUUUCUCAAAUGAUACUAAGUUUUUUUCAUCAACUAAAAGGCAUUCCAAAUUUACAAAUUUGCCAAUAAAAUCUGCCAGACUGCUAACCCACAUGCAUUAAUCCUAUGUUUUAUUAGUUGUAUGAAAUCUAGUAACUUCACAGUCACAGAGCAGAGCCCAUUAUAAUUGAGCUGCUCUCAGAUUGGACAAUUCCUUUCAGUGCUGUAAGAAGAGAUUAAUAAAUUCAGGAAAUACUGUCUUAAUUUUAAUUCUGUAGUAUCUUUUGGUGCUGAUCAUCUCACUGAAGUUUCAGUUAAAGACUUUUGGGUAUCUUUUUACUAGCCAGGUACUGUUAGAUUUCUUUUAACUCUACUAAAUUGGGUAAUAGAGCUACUUGAAUCAGCAAGAAAUCUGAGACAAAAGCAUUUAACUGCAAUCCCCACUGCAUAUUCUAGGGGGAAAAGAAAAUUACCAAACUAUUUCACAACUGGACAUUCUGCUUUCUCACACAGGUUUAGCACUUUGCAUCUUUUUUAUCAUUUCAUUUUAGUUUACUUGGAAAAGACCAGAGUUACAAAACAAAAUAAACAAACCCACCCAAAUGUCUAUUUGCUGUCCAUGGAAUUGCUGUGAGAGGUUAGCUCAAAAUAGCCAGCAUACCCUCCUAUCCUUAUCUAAACAGCAUUUUUUUCAUUAGGACUGAAAAAAUGUUGAAAUGCACUUUAAAAAUAAUUCCUCAAAGUACAAGAGAGUUAUGAUUACUUUUUUACUGUUUUUUUUUAAACAAGGAUUUUUAUUACUUGAAGACUGAUGAAAGCAGUUACCUGUGUUACCUUUGUAACUUCAGGUGUCACUGAGGACAGACCAUGUCAACUACUGUCUUGUUUUUCCAUGAGUCAGCAGCCAGUGGAGAACAAGUGAACAGAAGAACUUCACAAGACUGAGAAAAGUGAAGCCUGACUACAAGUCAGAGAAGAUUUUCUACUUAGUCUGACAAAAUACAAUAGGUUAAUCAAAUCUUACUUGGUUCAAAGAAAAGUUUUCUUCCCAAAGGUAAAAUUCUACACAAACAGUUACAGGUUUUCCUGCCUGCUUUUUGUACAACAGAAAUUUGCUGUCUGUACUGAACAAGAGUGGGCCACUGAACUAUUCUGUGUACGUUAACAGAAUGGUUUAACAUUUGGAGAGCUGUUAUAUUUGCUUAAAUCUGUAUUUAGAACCUGUUCCUCCUGUUAUGAGAUAAAAGUAGCAAAAGUUUUGAAAACUUUCACAAGAUUGAAUACAAUCCAGGAUGAUACAUUGAUAAAAAAAUCGAGGCUUUCCUAAAAAAGCCACUUUCCAUGUUUCUUCUGCAAGAUAUUUUUAGAAUUCAGUUGAGGUAUUUCCUAUUUAAUUAUACAAUUGAACCACUGACACAGAUUUAAGAGAAAACUGAGGAUUAAUCUUAUAUGCCAGCAGACAGCCUAUAACCAGGAGGUUUCUGCAGGUGUGUAGCUCCCAGUCUCCUGGGACAAGCUGUUAGUGUCUGUGAUGUGCGUAUACACUGCACUGCACUCUGCAAUCAGCCAAGUCCAGCUGUGUGCUCUCAUCCCAGCAGGCAGUGUCAGCCAGGGUACAGGAUGAGGUAGGUAGAGAAGCUUCACAAAGAUGCUUCUGUGUAAGCCACUCCUGUGCCCUACCAUUCCAGAUGUGCUACUGCAGGUAAAUUGGUACAAGUGAACUCUUUUCAUUUAGCCAUAAACAUACUAUUUACAAAAUCCUACAUUUGUAUCACUUAAAGCCUAGGCUAGGAUACUAAGAACAGCAGUCAUGUAUUUUACACUUCCACAAGAACCUAAACUUUAUCAUUGACUAAUAAGAGCUUAAACCUUAAUUCCCCCAUAAACUCAUUCAGACAUCUUAAAAGUAUGUAAUAGCUAGCUGAAAGGAUCCAAGUGUCUGUAAAUUUUAGCUUAAAGUAUACUCUACAUAAGUUAGAGCUUAAAGUACAUACAGAUCAAAACUGAGGCAAGCUAGCAAUUAUAAUACUUAAUCCUUCAGUUAAAAAAAAAAUAAAACAAAACCAGAACCAACCCACAGAUAUAAUCUUCAGAUAAAAGCAGAGGAAAACACUAAAUGGAAGACUGUAUUUCCUUAGAAAUUGUCUUUGUAAGGCACCUAACCAACACAAUCUGUACACUUCCCAAACCAGUUGCUUUUCAGUAACUGCUAAGCAGCAGCCCCUUACACUGCACUGUAGAACAUGCAGUGAUCAACACCCUUUUUUUUUCUGCAGUAAAUUCUAUGAGUGAUACAGACUCAUAGGAAGAUGGGAGUUUAAAACAAGGGGAUGAAAGACUGUCCUUUGAACACAGCAUGCAAACUUGUCUUGACAAUUUGAAGGUACUUUUUAAAAGCAAGGUAAGAGCUGGAUUUUCAGACAUUAAAGCUGCCUAGAGAUGCUUUUGAAGACACUCAUAGGCAUCUUGUUACCAUUGCAAAAAAAAAAUGCACAUCACUUGUACAGAACUGGUUUUACACUUAAGGGAAAUAGUUAUCAGGAAAAAAAAUACAGUAAUGUGAAAGGCAGAGCAUCCUGAUUGUUCCGUAUUUUUUAUGUUCAUUCCCUACUUCAAUGCUGUGCGUAUGGAUUUUUCCCCUUUAUAAAUGGUAUUGAAAUAGAUUAUUCUUAGUGUGAGUAGUUUGAUACUUGACAAAAUAAAAUGCUAUAUACAUUUUCUUAAGAGAGUGGUAAUACAGAUGAGUGAUAACUUUGCUACUACAGUUUGGUGUUGUGAAACAAACCAAGUUAAGCACUGGAAUGGUACACACACCAUUUCAAAUCUAGGGCAAGCCAAUGGAUUAAAUCAGACAUGAAGUAGAUAUAAACAUGUACUAAGCAGAAAGUUAAUUUAUUUAUAAUGGGGUUUUAAUAUUUCUAUUUUAUAAGUCUGUAAGGAAAAAUGCUAAGAUUUUUGACAGUCAGAUGUGCUCAGUGCUGUCAAUCAGUUUUUCCCUCUUUUGUGCCUCACUCACUGAUACCUGACAGAUAUUAAACCCACAACUCCAGAGACUAGAUAGCAUUCAAGUGAGUCUGGCUCACUCACCUCUUGGGGAAAAAAUAAAAAUCUCUAAUUCAUAUUGAAUUCAUUCACUGCAUUCCAAAAUUAUAAGAAGAGUUUGGAUGAUAACAGUGUUAAAAUUAUUCUGCAUUUUCUAGGACAAAUCUGUUGUUGUUUCUCAAGGUUUCUUCAGGAGAUGCAGGCUGUACAUUUCUGAUCAUCAGUAACUACUUUGCUUUUAAACUUUCUUAGCACAAUACUGACUAGAUAAUUUGGAAUAUGAGGAGACAAGGGAGCAAGCUUGCAUACUUCAGUAAUUUUUUUAUACUUUACCUUCAUCUAUUUAUGAAUUUAUUAUGAAAAAUAUUUUUAAACAUACAAAACCUGCUUUUGUUGUGAAUUUUAGCAAAGUAGUGGAUACAUGGUAUUGUAUAUCAUUAAAAAGGUUUAAUUAAACAUUUGGCAAUUAA